AUGCCUCUGUUCGAGAUGUCGACAAACGUCCAGCGAGAGUCGGACAUGGGGGCCAACGUUCUGAAGAGAAGCCAUGAAGAGUUCUCGGGCGACGAGCUCACGAUCGACGAACGCGGUCUCGCCGUUGGCGUCAAACAGCAGGCUACCGAAGCUGCCGUCCAGCCCGUCAAAGGUUCCCUAACUGACGCCGCCACCAACACCCCCCCUCGCGGCUCGCCAUCCCCCAAUCUUACUCCCACCAAGACCCCAUCCUCCCCGAAGUUGACCACCGACGCCGGCUCUUCAUCAAACCCUCCUGCCCCAAAUCCCACGCCUUCCGCAAAUCAGUCGGCUAAACGAAAGCGCCGGACCGCUGCCGAAAAAGAUGCCGAGGAAAAAGAAAAGGCCCAGAAGAAGAAGGAGCGCGAAGAGAAGAAGGAGGCCAAGCAGGCCGAAAAGGCCAAGGCCGAUGCAGAGAAGCAGGCUAGGCUGGACGAGAAGCGUCGCAAGAAGGAGGAAGAAGAGCGAAAGGUCCAAGAGGAGAAGGAGAAGAAGGAGCGUGCUCAACCGAAGCUCAUGUCCUUCUUCAAGGCACCUUCUACUACGCCCAAAAAGGAUGCAGCAGCCACCCCCAAUAUCAAGACGGAGAGCCCGGCCAAACCGGCCGCCACAUCUACUAGUUCGGCAGCACCCACGGUCAAGAAGGAGGGAAAAUCUGAGUACGAGAAGCGGUUCAAACCGUUUUACAUCCACAGCACCGUCCGCUUGGCCAAGAACCCCUUCGAGAUGGACCAAGAGACGCACGAUGCCAAGACCAAAAUCUUGAGAGAGUACUUUGACGGCAAGCGUGUGCUGGCCUCAGUGGGCAAGUUCGAUCCCGUCGAGGUCUUCCAGUUCCCCAGCCGUCCAGCCUCACGAGGAAGAAUCCACCCGCCCGUUCGGUACACCAUAGAAAAGAUGCACAAACUCAAGCAAAAGAUCGAAGACUCGAGUGAGGAGGAUAAGAAGGCAAUCAUGAAGGAGGUCACUGACGCACUGAGACAAGUCCCCAUCAAGACCCUUCGCUUCUACCAGGACGUGCGUCCUCCUUACAGAGGCACCGUUACCCUUAAACCCUACCAAGCAGGCAAGACCAGCAUGCGACGACUCGCACGGAACCCGACACUACGCGACCAACUCCCCCUCAACUACGAACACGACUCAGAAGCCGAAUGGGAAAGUGAAGGCGAAGACGUUGACAUUGAAGACGACGAAGACGACGACCUCGACGACGGCGACGGCGACAUGGACGAAUUCCUCGAUGAUUCGGAAGACCACGGCCCCGCCCGGUUUGUCAGCGCCAACGGCCUCGAACCCGAGAGUACAGGACUCUGCUGGGAGGAUCAGAAACGCGCCGGUCCCAACCGCACCUUGUACGAACACAGGAUGGAGUUCAUUCUGGGUAAGCCCUAUCCCAUUUCUCGCUCUUACAGCCGCGUUAACACGUGCUUCAAAGAAUCCCUUGAUCAUCGGUCUGGAAUCGACCCGUUCUCCACCAAGUACUGGGAGCCCGAGUCGAAGCCGAAGUCUGUUGGCCGUCCUACCAAGGACAAGGCUGCCGCCGAGUCGUCGACGCCGUCUAAUGCCUUCAAGGCCAUCAGCGGUACCAAGGCUGGUGUACAGUCACUGCCGAAGAAGAUUAUGGAGAACAACAACCUCCAGGAGCUCAAGGAUGUCAUCAGGGCGAAUCCAAAGAUCGCCAAGGGUGGCCUGAUCGACCUCUCUUAUGUCGCGCUCGCCCAUGCCAAGAUCUCCCGUAAUGACAUCAAAGAGGCCAUUGCAGCUGUGGCUGAAAAGGUGGGAGGCAAGGGACAUUCUGCCUCUUGGACGAUCAAGCCAGGCUUCGAUGUUUGA